AUGUCUGAACUCUGUCAACCCCGGCUCCCAGAUAAUGCCCCACCAGAGCCACCACCUGUGAGAUGUAUACAUAAGAGACUCCAGACUCUGGAUCAUGAAGACGAAUCCGAUGAGAUCAACGGGGCGGUGUUCCAGUACCCACCAUUGUGCGAGGAGCUCCUCAUCAACCAGGCCCACCUAACCCAAACAAUGGAAUCCUUGGCUCGCUCGCCACUCCUACGACGCGAUGGACACUGGUCGAUCGAUUGUACCAGCUUCGAGUCUGCAGAUAACCACUCGAUGCAUCAGGCUUGGGCCGAUUUGCUGGACGUCAUCAUGCGUGCUGCGUUCAGGAGCGACCGGUUUCGUCCUGGACCUCAGCCAAUAGUCCCACUGCGCGGAGCACGCGUGCUUUGUGACCACAGCAGCGGCGACAUGGAUACUUUUCCGGAUGUUGCCCAGGGACACAGGGACACUCAUGGACGCUACCACUGGGCCACCCUGGAGUUCUUUGCGCAGUGCAAGGCCAAGCCCGACCAGCUCGGCAAAGCGCUGAUGCAGAUUGCCCGCUACUCCAGAGCCAUGCUGAUCCAUCAGGUCUACCGACGGUUCGUAUACUCACUCGCUCUAUGUGGAACCGAGGCGACGUUUGUGCGCGUGGGGCGGAGCGGGAUCACUCACUCGACGCCUAUCGAUGUCAAAGCCGAUCCCGAGCAGUUCAUACGAGCUGCAGCAAGUGUGUUUGGGCUUGACGACGGUCAGUUCGGGUACGACACACGCUUCUACUACUGGCCUCCACUGGCGAUCGAGGACGACGGUCGGAAGAGACAGCUGAGAGUCAAGACGGGUAACUGGCGCUGGAUAGUGAUGGAACUGCUGUGUCAGCGGAUGUGCUUGGUAGGGAGGGCCACGGUGGUUAUGCUGCUAUGCAGGGUGGGUAACCCGAAACACCGUGCCGUGCUCAAGUCGAUAUGGCGGUAUGAGUCUCAGCCCGACGAAGGAGAUACGCUACGGAAGCUGGAAGGCAGCCCUGGGAUAUGCAGGUGCCACUGGAACGAGUACUUGAACGACACGAAGGUCAAGGAUCGAAGCUUGCUGGUACCAUCACGUUAUCAGCCGAUGUUCGUGGACAUGCCUGAGGAAGACAGGCAACAGAUGCUAGCGGCUGCCGGGUCUAUAGACUGUAAGAGCGGGUGGGACUGCAAGGGCAAGGUGAGGUACAAGAAGGCGCAGCUGAAGCUGCUGAGGGUACCUGAGGAUCGAGUGCAUAGCCUGAUACUGAUGGAAGAGGGGACCAAGCUGCGGAGGAUCAAGCGGUUUCGGCAUCUGAUGGUAGUGCUUCGCGAUGCGCUUGUCGGAUAUGCGUCCAUGGCUAUAUCCGGCCAAGUCCAUCGCGACAUCAGCGAGGGGAACAUACUGUGCCAGGCUCCUGGCUCUGAAGACUGGUGGGGGGACGGUAUGCCUGCCAGCACGGACCUCGACGGCAACGACAUCGUCGAGGAGAUCCCGAGCGAUGCCUUUGUCUCGUAUGACUUUGACAGCAUUAUUCUGGAGGAUGAGAGUGAGAUCAAAGAGGCAAACACGCUACAGGAAUAUAUCGAAGGGCGAUACCCCAGUGGGAAGUCGAUUGGUCGUUUGUACGAUAUGGAGUUCUCGGUCUCUGAAGACAUGCUAGAGACCGAUGUGCAAAACAAUGCAGAAAAGACGGGCACAGUUGCGUUUAUGUCUUACAAGCUUCUGUCGGAAGAGUCAGUGCAGCACACGUUCAUGCACGACCUUGAGUCGUUCCUGUGGGUGCUGGUAUGGCUAGUUGCUGUGCGUGCGCGGGAGAAUAAUCAGCACAACGCAAAUUGGCUACGAGAAAAGCUGUGCUCACCGGACGUCAGUUUUAAGAAGUUGUUUAUUGUCGACAUGGAAACAUCCAGCGAGCAAAUGGCAGGAGUGAUCGAUGCGGCGGACACGGAAUGGGAGCAUUCAUGGACAGUUAUAAAAUGCUUUGCCCAAUUUCUCAGCAACAAUUUAUAUGCUCCAAGGCAUAAUGGAUCUUCAAACCUUCCCCGGCCAUCACCCUUGCUAGAAUCAAAUAAGACCAGCAGAGAGGAGAAAUGGGGGUUGAUUAGGACUCUGAUAGGCAUCUUUGAUGAGUCAAUUAUUGAACUACAAUCCUCCUAUUAA